AUGAUCCUUCAUCGACUUGAGCGACCAUCAUACGGGUCAUCUCAUUAUUCUCCCAAGGAACUCGGACAAAGCCAAGAUGAUACUCUCCGUGAACUACUACAGCACGGCGACUUCAAAUCAUUAUUCUUUUAUCAUAUUGUUAUGAUGCUUGGUCUGCCCCUACUUGGCCUAACAACACCCCGCCGCGGAAGAACCCGAUAUGUUCGGCCAUCAGUUUUCGCUCUCAUUCUAGGGAUUUCGGUCAAUAUCCUCCUCAAUCGCCGAGCCAGGAUUGGUGGUAAUGGUUAUAUAAUUGGGAUCUUUACAGCUUGGUGGCUGCUUUGGAGUGCUAUUUUGUUGGUGUUCACAGACGUCGAGAAUGACUUUCAGCGCAUUGAGCGAGUGGUAGUUGACGAAAAGCGUGUCAUUUUACGCUGGCAGUCAUAUCCUGUUGGUCUCUUGCACUGGAUAGACUGGUGCCUUGGACUAUUUAUCAGCCUCAGAGGCCUUGAGUGGAAUUAG